AUGAGUAAAUCGUGCAAAGGGAUGCUGGAAGAGUUGCUAAAGUGUGUUGAGAAUACGGACUGUGUGCAAAAAUACUCGCUUACGAAAUGCUUGCAGAACAGUUUUUUGUUUCCGCGCGCUUGUGCGACAGCAAGAGACCUAUACGUAUCCUGCAGGCGAGGCCAGUUCGAUAUGCGGAGUCGGGUGCGAGGGAACAAAGGCUACUAA